GCCGUCAGUUCCGGCGGGCCGCACCGCCCCGCUCAUUCUCUUUGGUGUUUGCCCUGUGCCGCCCCGUCGGUCCCGCCCGGCCCAUGGACUGAGCGACCCCCGCCCGCCCCGGCCCGGAGCCGAGCCCAGCGCAGGUCAGCAAUUUGGCUUCCAAAAUUGGAGUUUGUCUGCGUUCAAAGCUGUUUGCCUACAGUAAUCUGCUCUGGUUGGAAGUGAACAUGUCUCAAGUUCAGAUUCAGAAUCCUUCUGCUGCCCUUGCAGGGAGCCAAAUACUGAAUAAAAACCCAUCUCUUUCACAGCCUUUGAGUAUUCCUUCUACUACCAGUUCUUUGCCCUCUGAAAAUGCAGGCAGACCUAUCCAGAACUCUGCUUUGCCCUCUGCUUCAGUUACAUCCACCAAUGCAGCUGCAGCUCCUUCAAACAUGGCAAACCCCAAAGAGAAAACCCCCAUGUGUCUUGUGAAUGAAUUAGCUCGUUUCAACAAGAUUCAGCCUGAGUAUAAGCUUUUGAGUGAGCAAGGUCCAGCUCAUUCUAAGGUGUUUACAGUGCAGCUGACUCUUGGGGACCAGCAUUGGGAAGCUGAAGGAACUAGUAUUAAAAAAGCGCAACAUGCAGCAGCUGCCAAAGCUUUGGAAGGGACAAAAUUCCCUAAACCUACGGCUCGUCCAUCUCGUAGUGAAGGCAAGAAUCCAGACAGCGUAACCCCCACAGUGGAGUUGAAUGCCCUUUGCAUGAAGCUGGGGAAGAAGCCCAUGUACAAGCCCAUCGACCCUUACACGGGGAUGAGAUCCACCUACAGCUACACCAUGCGAGGUGGCACCUACCCCCCACGGUACUUUUACCCAUUUCCUGUUGGGCCUCUACUUUAUCAAGUGGAGCUUUCAAUUGGAGGGCAGCAGUUUCAUGGGAAGGGAAGAACAAGACAAGCUGCUAAGCAUGAUGCAGCUGCUAAAGCUCUGAAAGUUCUGCAGAAUGAGCCCUUGCCUGAGAAACCAGAGGUUAACGGAAAAGAACCAGAUGAUGAAAAUCUCAAUAAAUCUGAAAUAAGCCAAGUUUUUGAGAUUGCACUUAAAAGGAACUUGCCUGUGAAUUUUGAGUUUUUCCCUCUGAAACAGGUGACCAAGGAAAGUGGUCCUCCCCAUAUGAAGAGUUUUGUAACCAAGGUAUCAGUUGGAGAAUUUAUGGGUGAAGGUGAAGGAAAGAGCAAGAAGAUCUCAAAGAAGAAUGCUGCAAUAGCAGUCCUAGAAGAACUGAAAAAAUUGCCCCCCCUUCCUACAGUUGAGAAAAUGAAGCCACGAAUCAAAAAGAAAACAAAAUCAAUAGUGAAGCUGCAAACAAGUCCAGAAUACGGUCAAGGAAUGAAUCCCAUUAGCAGACUUGCCCAGAUACAGCAGGCCAAGAAGGAGAAGGAGCCCGAGUACAUGCUCAUCACAGAACGGGGGCUGCCCAGGCGCAGGGAGUUCGUCAUGCAGGUGAAAGUUGGUGUACACACAGCUGAAGGAAUGGGCACGAACAAAAAGGUUGCUAAACGCAAUGCAGCAGAAAAUAUGUUGGAAAUUUUAGGUUUCAAAGUCCCUCAACCUCAGCCUCCAAAACCAGCAUUAAAGACAGAAGAGAAGACCCCAGUGAAGAAACCAGGUGAUGGAAGAAAAGUAACCUUCUUUGAGCCGGGCUCUGAAGAGACUUCAGCUAGAGGACUCUCAAACAGCAGCUCUUCAGUGUGCACCUCUCUCCUCCCAGGUAAUAAAGAAGAUGAGUUUAGGAUGCCUUAUCUCAGCCAUCAGCAGCUUCCUGCUGGAAUUCUUCCCAUGGUCCCUGAGGUUGCACAGGCUGUAGGAGCCAAUCAAGGACACCACACCAAAGAGUUCAGUCGGGCAGCUCCCAACCCUGCCAAGGCCACGGUGACGGCCAUGAUCGCCCGGGAGCUGCUCUACGGGGGCACCUCUCCCACUGCUGAGACCAUCCUGAAGAGCAGCAGCUCCUCAGGACACUUCCCCCACGGGCCUCUGACCAGGCCCUCCGAGCAGCUGGACUAUCUUUCCAACGUCCAAGGAAUCCAGGUUGAAUAUAAGGACUUUCCAAAAAAUAACAAGAACGAGUUUGUAUCUCUUAUAAACUGUUCCUCUCAGCCACCGCUGAUCAGUCAUGGGAUUGGGAAGGAUGUGGAGUCCUGCCACGACAUGGCUGCAUUGAAUAUAUUAAAGUUGCUGUCUGAGUUGGACCAACAAACCACAGAGAUGCCAAGGACAGGAAAUGGACCAAUGUCUGUAUGUGUGAAACAAGAAAUGGAAAGUGACCCUCUCCUCAAACCGGCGAGCGCAAACCCUUUGGGACAAACACUGGACAGCACUGCCUGAAACAGGCUCUUGACUGAACCCAAACCUGAAAGCACCAGAGAAAAUCAAAUGCUUCCUCUUAAUGUAACCUAACUGUUGGAGUGCUACAGUCUCUACAACCUACUGUAGUGUCUAAAUCAUAACUGUUGCUUUUUCUUCAAACAGUGAUACAUUUUUAGUUUCAUUAUGUUGUUUUGAUUGAAAUGACACUAUACAUUUUUCAUUUAAAAGUUUCUUAAUUGUAUCUAGAACCAUAGCACAGUUUAGAAACUUUGUCUUCUGAGACUGACAUGUUACCUGUGAACUAACUUGGGAAGAUCAUAUCCAUGUAUGUGGUUAUUUUGGUUUUAUUGGAAUAGCAGCGUUUCACUGGAAACAGGCUGUGUACCACCAUUUUAAAAAGCCCCAUAUUUUUGCAAACCAACCCUAAUUAUCUAAUGGUUGAAUGAAUUUAAACACUUUAGGAAUUUUAAACUUGGUUUGAUCAUUUUUGGUUAAUUUCUAGUUUUCUUGAGUGUGGGGUAGGGGAACUCGAAUGCAACGUGACUUUCAGUGAUCUCUGAGCUGUGUUUUAGGGACUGUGUGUUGGUGGCUCACAGCUCACUACAGCACAGGAUAUGAUCUCAGUGUAGUGCAUAUGAAACUGCAGAUUGAUUUUCCUUGAGUGCUUUAUACUGUUUAAUUACAUCUCCAUGUAGGGCUGAAAAAAAUUACCUAUGUUUAUAUAUAACUGUGUUGCUUUUGAUGUUGUGUUCUUGCGCACGGUCGGUGCGCGCUGAGGUUUGCAUUGGUCCAGGUACAGCACGAUAGCCGCGCGAGUUCAGUACUGCUUCCGUUCAUUGUUUACGCUGGAAUUUUUUCUCCCCAUGGAAUGUAAGUAAAACGUAGUGUUUGUCACCAAUAAAUGGUAAUACUAAA